AGCCUGCAUUUGGGCUGAAUUGUGCCGAUGCUCAGGAAGCCAGAAAGCACGAACCAACCUUUAGUAGCAAUGGAAGUUUUACUAUGUUAUUGUCUCGGUCGUUUUUAAAGCUCGCCGCUGGAGUCGGAUGCAUGUUGUAUAAGUAGUUAAAUUUAAAUGAAUAAUGCUGGAUGGUUGCGCUGAUGAAGUUCAACAUUUGCCGGUUGCUGGGGCUGGGGAGUGGCUCCAGUGACCAGACGCCGGAGAAGAUGGAGACUAGUGCUACGUCUGACCACAGUCAGGACGCGCACUCUCAGAAUGGAUUGACUGGAGAGGAGGGCCUCAGUGAAGAGGAGAAGGCCAAAAGGAGAGCUGAGAGACGGAGAGCUAAGAGGAAGCGUCAAAGAGAGCGCAAGAAACUUGAGCGCGGUAAAAAAGAUGAACUCACUGUACAGGAGGAAGAGCAUGCAGGCGUCGACUCCGAGCUGGAUGAUAGCGGCUCAGAGGUUGAUGAGGAGCAGAUUGAGGAGGAGCAGUUGGAAUUAAGGGGAAAAGUAAUGGAGAAAGAAUGUCCUCCGUGUAAAGGCAGUGCCACACCACCACUGGCAUCGGGAAACAAAGGAAACCAACAGCCGUCUGCUUGCUCUCGUGAGGAGGAGGAUCCAGAAUGGGACGUGAGCAGUGCCUUUGUUGCCAAUGCUGUUAGUCACAUCAGGCCCAAAGCCAAGAGCAAAACGGGCCGUAAAUCCAAAGAGAACAAAGAAAAUGAGUCCAGAAUCAGAGAGGUCAGUGGAGCCGAGUCUGUGACUAAAAGAAGUGCCUCACUGACUGUUUUCUUUCUCUCUACUGCAGAGAAGGGGAUCAGACUGGUAAAUGAGGGGCAGUACAGUGAAGCUGUUAAUAUGUUUACAGAAGCUAUCAAAUGUGACCCAAAGGACUACAGGUUUUUUGGGAAUCGCUCAUACUGUUAUUACUGUCUGGAGCAGUAUUCUCUAGCACUUGCUGAUGCUGAAAAAUCUAUUCAGAUGGCCUCUGAGUGGCCUAAAGGUUACUACCGCAAGGGAAGUGCUCUCAUGGGCCUCAAGAGGUACAGCGAGGCUGAGAAAGCUAUGGAGCAAGUCCUGAAGCUGGAUAAGGAUUGUGAUGAGGCAGCCAAUGACCUUUUCUACUGCAAAGUGCUGCAGUUGAUGGAUCUUGGAUAUGAAGAGGAGCAAAGUGUGCUUCUGCUUGAGAAGUACAGCACAGUACAGGCUGUUCUGACCACCAGAGCAGCAAACAGUGACUCUACACUCCUUCAGCCAGGUCCGUGCCCUUCUCUCUGGGUGGGUAACGUAACCACAGAACUGACGGAGAAGCACCUGUGGGACCUUUUCAAAAACCAUGGAGAAAUCGAGAGCAUCCGAGUGUUGCACGAGCGUUUCUGUGCCUUCGUAAACUUCAAGAAUGCCAGCAUGGCUGCACGGGCAAUGGAAAAGCUCAAUGGCCAUUCGAUAGAAAACACCCGGUUAGUGGUCCGGUAUCCAGACAGACGUAUCCUGAAACCAUUCCCUGUUUCUGCUGCACCACAGGCUGCAGGGACUGCUGGAGCAAGGCGCAGGGGUCCUGUCAAUGGAGAUGAGUGCUAUUUCUGGAGGACCACUGGCUGUCAUUUUGGGGACAAGUGUCACUAUAAACACAUUCCUGAACAGCGAGGCAAAGACCGAAAGCCCUGGCAGCCCUGAAUCCGUGCACUCUUCCGCCUCUCUUCACCCUCACCUUUGUUUCUAAAUUAUUUUCUAUUUUUCUUACUCGGAGCCAGAGGAAAUGGAAAGAGAUUGCAUGGACUGUGCAAGUUCAGAGACCUUUGAAUGGGACUUGGGCCUGCAUUCUCUUACUAUGAUGCUCUUGGCUCAGAUCAAAAAAAUGACCGUGGUGCCAUGGAGUUGGUUCAAAGUGAUGUUCUCACUUUCAGAUUCCCAGAAAAUGAAGAUAACAACUUGGAACAGUGAGCAGCCCCUUUAACAAAGUUUUGGGUGUUUGGCUGAGGCUGGAGUUUCAGGCCAGACCUGGUGUCUCCUAUCAUCUCUGCUCUUCUUUCUUCUGUGCCAACACCACUGGCUGAGCCAAAGCACAGCCUCUGAUUGCUUCUCACCUUUUGAGUUCAUCCCAAACAAACGCCUUUUAUAUUGAUGGGGUGUGGUGAAGCCUUUCUCCCAUGUACUUUUAUGCCUUAUCAAGAAAACUUGCACAAAAAAGUGGUUGGUUAAAGUCUCGGGGUAAAAUCUCCUGAGAAGUGUCAGGAGGUCCCCCUUCCCCAUCAUGAAAGAGCAUGGUCUUUUAAUUUGAGAGCAGUACUUAUUCAUUUCAUGUUCAUAUUUUGUAAUGUGCUCGCUCUCUGUCUCUCAAAUAGCCCCUGUUCGCAUGCAAAUUUGCUCUACUACUACUCAAACCUGCUUGUGCGCUGUCUCUCCUCUCUCUCUUUUUCAAACAGUAAUCUAUCUAGAAGUAAAGCGAACACACCCAAGGAGGCAGAGAUGGUUUCCUUGGUCAAAGUCAUACUUUGCAUCCUGUUUGUUUGGUGGCUUUUGAUCAGGCCAUAUCACCAAAUCUAUUAGAGAGUGCAGAAAUCUGUGAGUAGAAGAUUUGUGAGCGCACAAAAACGGUCUGCAUGCGAGUAGGGGUUAUUAGAGGGAGAGAGGGGAAAAAUCUGAACAUGAAUGAAUACUGCUCUCAAAUUGAAAGACCAUAUACUUGAUUAAAGAUGGGAAUAAAACUUCGUAUGUGUGAGGAUUUUCUUUAAACCAAAGAAUAAUACUGUUUUCUGUGGAGUACAAAUUAAUGUUAAAUAACAUUAGUGAGACAGAAAUAUAAUUUUAUAUUUGUUUGGUUAUCAUGUGCCCCCCCCCUUUUUUAUAUAUAUUUUUUAAAAUACUGUUGCAGUAUAGUGUUGAGUUGUCGUAAACAGCAUUUCCCCCCCCCCCCCCCCCAAAAAAAAAGGCUCCUUGAUGUGUUAAAAACGCAUUCAUACUUGAUUAAAAUCAACAUUUUAUUCAAACAGUUCCCUUUCUAUAUUGUUGCACUUUAUACUUCAGCACACACUAUGUGGAAUUUUCAAGUAUUGUUAGAUUGGGAGAUGGUGCAUAUUUUUAAUAUGAAGAAUUGGUUUUAUAUUGAAAUGUGCAUUAAGACAUUUUCCAAAGGUAUUGACUACAAUUCUGGUUCUUUAUCAGUUUCUUGUCGGCCUUUUCAAGGUGAUAAGAAUUAUGUCUGCAAUUCUGUCUCACUUCUUACCAAGCUACCUUAAAUAUUCAGUGUAUUAUGUUUAGGAAGUGAUCCAAAUGUUUUCAUUGUUUGAAUGAAUGUUUUUCUUAUUGUUCCUCUGUUUUUCCUUGAUUGUGAAACCCAGGAAGUUGUUCUUACUUGUGCGUACUGGCCCAGGCCACUGUGGAAUUUCUUCUUUAGCGUAAUGUUUGUAGUAGCAGUUUAUGUACACAUGGUUUGGUUUUUCAAAAGAUUUGUGUUGGUAAGCAGCAGAGCAUCAUUUAUAGCAUAUGGAUGGAUGAUUGACUGACUGAUAUUGGAGGAUUUUUUUCUUUUUAAGAUUAUAAAUGUUUGGAAGAAAAUAUUUACAUGAAGAAAUCUGAUUGUGUUGAGGGCCUGAUUUUAUUGUUUGACAGUCUUGACCUAAAAAAAACAUCACCACCAACAAAAAAAACACUAACAGCAGAUGUGCAGAACUCUAGUCCUAAAAAUGUGGAUCCUGUGAAUGUUUGGGGUUUUCCCUCCCUGAUGCAGGCUUUGCGCAAACUCUCAGUUUUUGACAAACAGACGUGUUCAGAACCCAACCCCCCCCCCGAAUCACACAAGUUUCCUAACAUGUUGUGCACUGCAUUGCUAUAACAGUCAUGUCCAACUUGAUGCCUUUUUGCUAGUUUAGCACACUAGCCCAGACGGUUCAGUAAUGCUUUCACAAAUUGAACCCCGUGUUCAGUCCCAUUAGACUUUAAUUGAAUUCAGUAUCUAGUUUGAGAAACCUCAAUUUUGUUAAUUUGGGUUCUAUCUAUUGCCUUCCUGGAAAACAUGGCAUAUCCACCAGUAUGGAUAUUAUCCUUCACAUUACUGUGACGCAUAAUGGUUUAAUAGUUUUUUGGUUCACCCUCUUCAUGGUGUGUGUCUGUGUGUUUUGUUGUUGUUUUUUUUUUUACUCUAAAAUAAGCUGAUGGCUAACAUAUUGAAGAGUUUACAUUACGGUCCCAAGCACAAAAAUCUCUGUAUUUUGUUUUGCAUUACAAUUUUCUCACUUCUAUAAACCAUAAUACUUAUUUUCUGUGCUUCAUUAAACAGUUUUGAAACAAGUCUCUUCUGCCCCACAUUUGCUGUCACCAUCAGAUCAUAAAACAAAAUCUUCCAUGUUCCAGACACUUUUAUGUAGCUGCAAGAGACUAUAAUUUUCUGUUAAACUUCUGAUUUUUGUGUUGCUUUAAGUCCCCACCCCCCUUUGUCAUUGCCAUAUUGUAACUUUUAAUGUUCAUCUCAAUCACAUGUCUCAUUUAAGUAAGUGUUAUGUCCUGCCCUGUACUGCCAAAGAGUUCCUUACAAUAAAUAUACUGACUGUUCAA